AUGCAGCCCGUCGCCGUGCCUCCGCAUCCCAUCGCUGGAGUCGAGACCAAGGAGUUUCUGACGGAAACCCGCCGCCCAUCGCCUGCAAUCGUCGAAUACCGUCUGCCGUCGCCAACCACAGCCCAUCGACACAACCUCACCAAGCCUGUUUUUGCUGAUUCCAUUUCCACCGUCCUCCACUUCCGUCACCAACUGGCCGACAGAUCCCGUUCGCCGGUUGCCCCACCUACACAUUCCGACCACCGCGCAUCACCAGACCGGCAGUGCGACUCUGCAACCAAAUGUUGCACGUAUCCAGCUCGGCCGCCGCGGCUCUCCAGCGCUACCACCGCAUCUCCCAGACCGCGCAGUCCGCGGUCGCCGGAAUCCUUCAGAGACAGUGCAGUCGGUGGCGAUGUGGGCAAAGUUAUGGUGGAGGUCGGACGGGGAUGUGAGGCGGAGCCGGUGGAGAUCGGGCGGCCGACUUGUUUCUGUGGAUCUUCACGGCGGGCGGGUGUCGGGUGGAGGACCGGCGGAAGCAUGGUAGCGGACGGGCGGACGUCUGGUGGCAGGAGGGCGUCUGGUGGAGGACGACGGAUCGGCGAUUGA